AUGAGUGACAAGAAAGAGCAAAGAAAUCGAGGGCUUGCCGAUGAUAUUAUUGGUGAUGUGCAUGCCAAACCAAGCGGCAGAAAUAAGAGGCGAAAACGUGUCGAAAAAACUGAUCCGUAUGUUACAGAAAGACUAUCUGGCAAAAUUCUCCAGCAAGCCAGGGAACAACAAGAUGAAAUCGAGGAGGGAUUAGAUGAUGUUCACCCUGCACAAAGAAAACGAAUUAAGAAACGUCCUCAACCCACUACUAGUCUAGGAGACCAUUUCGACAAUGAUAGUGAAGCUGAUGGUGAAGCUAAUAGCGACGAAGGAUCAGAUGUAGAAAUUUCCGAGGCAGACCUAACCGGAGCGAUCAAACUAGACAAGGAGGAUGAAAAGGCAUUGCAAUUAUUUAUGUCAGUAGAGCCUGAUAAAAGAAUGACUUUAGGUGAUUUUAUCAAGGAAAAGAUUAACGAAAAACAUAUCGAAUUCCAAAGCCAAAUGUCAGAUAGUGGAUCAAUAACAAGGCAUGCACCACUAGAUCAGAAAUUAGUCAUGUACUUCAGAAAAGUUGGAGAACUGCUAAGCAAGUUUAGAUCUGGACGUUUGCCUAAGCCAUUCAAUUAUUUAGCCUGUGUUCCAAACUGGGAAGAGCUGGUUUGCAUUACCGAGCCUGAAAAUUGGACCGCAGCGGCAAUGUACGAAGCGACUCGAAUCUUGUCUUCAAAUCUUACAGCAAGAAAAGUCCAACGAUUCUAUAAUCUGGUACUACUACCGAGAGUUCGCGAUGAUAUUGCUGAGUAUAAACGUUUAAACUACCAUCUAUACAUGCAAAUUAAACCAGAUCACUAUUUUCAGGCUCUUAAAAAGGCACUAUUUAAACCAUCGGCGUUUUUCAAGGGUAUUUUACUUCCGUUAUGUGAGGCUAGAAAUUGCUCAUUACGUGAAGCUGUCAUUAUUGGAAGUAUUUUAAAUAAAACGAGUAUUACUUCACUUCAUGCAUGUGCUGCUAUUUUAAAACUCACAGAAUUGGAAUACACAGGUGCAAAUAGUAUUUUUAUCAGAAUUUUACUUGAUAAAGGCUAUACCAUGCCAUAUAAAGUUAUCGAUGCUUUAGUAUUCCAUUUCCUAAGAUUUAGGUCAGAGAAAAGACGGCUGCCAGUAUUAUGGCACCAGUGCUUCCUAACAUUCGUGCAAAGAUAUAAAGAAGAUAUUUCUAGCGAUCAAAAGACUGCAUUAUUAGAUAUUUGUGAAGUGCAAAAGCAUAAUCAGAUAUCAAGUGAAAUUCGCCGUGAAAUAACAAAUUCAAAGUGUCGAGACCUUGAGAUACCAGAAGAUGCAAUGAUGCCAUAA